AUGCAGCCACUCAAUGGCGACGGCCAAGGACGAUACAAGGUCCACAUCGUGGGGAACAGCGGUACUGAGAUAUUUCAGUCUACACUAGGAGCAGAAUUAGCGCAGAUGCUGCGUGUCCCAUACAUACCUUUGGACACCUUAUUCUGGGAACCAGGCUGGAAGAAGACUUCCGUCUCUGCUUUCCGUGCCAAAGUUCGUCGAGCUUUAGAUCAAGCUCCAAACGGUUGGGUUGUCGACGGAGAUUACUCCCGGCGUGUCGGCGACUUGGUCGACGAGGAAGCCACAGACAUUGUGUGGCUGGACCCUCCUUUACUGCUAUAUUUUCCUCGGCUCUGCGUCCGUACGGUGUUCCGACUUCUCUCGCUGAGGCCGCCGUGCAGUCCAGGCUGCGAGGAGAGGGUGCGAGAAGCGUUCUUCUCUACCAAUAGUAUCUUGUGGUGGUGUCUUAGCCAGCACUGGACUGUUCGCAAAAGAGAAAGGACAAAGCUGCGAGAAGACGCAGUAGAAAUUGGGGGCAAAAGACGUCGGAUCGGCGGAUGGGGCCGAGAGUUGCUUCUGUGGAAGCGAAGUGUGGAAGAGAUGCUGGUCAUUGGGGGCGUUACUCACUCCCAGGCAUGA